GUCAAUUAAUGUUAUGUAAAUUAAUCUAAAGGGAAACCUUCAGAGCUAUACCAUCACGUGUGCCCUACGUGUAGCCCACACGUCGGGCACACGUAUUAUCUAGAGCUAACAUUAGUAUCGGCAAGUGUACGUUCGUGGAGUCUUAGCAACAGGUGCGUUAACGGGUUUGCACUCCGCACUGUUAAUUUUCUUUAGACAGAGAACAAAAGCCCCCUAACGUCCCCAGUGUCCCACCGCACUGCUUAUUUUGUUGUCUGCUCCUUUGCCGGAGGGUUGUUUGGUGUUUCUUUAGUACAAAUAGAACCCUGUUGAUCAAAACAGAACGCAUAGAACGCCGCCGUUUGUGUCCCUGCUUACGCGAGGAUCGAGCGUUACCGGGGAGACGUUCUAUCGUUCUAAACAGCCCAAAUAGCCAGGCUUGUGUUACACGAUGAGCGACCAGACGUCCUACACGUACCAGGCCCGCGUGCGUGGCGGCACCGACGGCGAGCAACAUGGCAACUUCUUCCUGCACGAGUUUUUCGGCACCAAGGCCGUACAGAGCGUCACCGGCUGGCAGGGCGGCGAGCCCGUGGUGUUCUACACCGUCACUGUGCGGUCAGCCCGGGAGGUGGAGGACUUCGUGCGGUACCUCCUGUAUUUUCACGAGGAACGGAACGACACCAGGUGGCACUGGGUUAAGGGCGGCCUCACCAAGCGUAAGGUUGUCUCCCCGAUCCCCCGGACCUACAACAUCUUCCAGCAGGCUCUCUGUAGUUGCUGGCGGUUCGAUAUUCUUACGGACACGCCGUUCCUGGGCAAACUGCUCUACGUGGACCUGUUAUGGAGCUUUGAGAACCUGGUGACGAGAAUCAUGCGGCAGAUAGACGACAGGACCAACGGCACCCGCCUCCCGUCCUGGUACCCCCUCAGGCGAUCCUACGACAAACUGCAGUACUUCAUAAACGCCGCAAAACGCGCGACGCACAAGAACGCGGAAGGUGACAUCGUGAGCCUACUCAAUCAACUGCACUCGCGGCGCGGUCUCGGGUACCUUCACCAGGCCUCGUACUAUAUUCAUCCGCGGCUGAUCAGCCUGCUAUUACGUCACGGGGCGGACCCGGAACUCUGGUCCCCACGUCAGUUCCGGAAGCGGCCGGUGCACUGCCUGUUCCUGGUUUUCCAGAACAGGAUGUACACCGGAUAUGACGACACAGACAAGCGGGUGAAGCGGUGCCUCAGACUGUUCUGUAGAGCCAUGCCGCGGGUACCCCUGCAGAGAAUACCAUCAGAAGAAGUCCCGGACAGUCGCGAUCAGAGGAAGAGGUGCGCACAGAAGUGGAACACCUGGGUACCCGAGGACAGGUGGGCGGCGCCCUGUCAACUCAAACACCUGUGCAGGUGUUCCGUCAGACGGCUACUGAUGGAGAAGGCGUGUCUACCUGACGGCAUCUUCCUCCUACCCUUACCUGCUCUACUGCACAGAUACCUCAACCUGGAACACGACUGAUGUGUGAACGAGUCAUGUGGCUACUUUACCUUAGAAGGAAUUUUGACCCUCAGAGCAAAAGAAUCUAAAGAAAAAAGGAAUAGAAAUGAAAUAUGGGUUGGGGAUACUCUUGCGCUGUACUUCUAGUUUACUUACAAAAACACAAUUACUGACAUUUUAAUUUUUAUCAUGGAGUAUACUGCAUAUGACCCGGUGGUGGUUUUAAGAAUAAUGAGAUAACGAAAUGUUUAUGGAUUUUAUAUUUUCUAAAAGUCGAUUAAAAUACUUUGAAGAACAAAACA